GUCUGCGAUAAUCACAACUCAAUUUGUUGUGAUUUCUGUGAUUUCUGGUUUCAUUUAAAAUGUUCAGGUUUAAAAAAAAAGGAUUUUAAGAUUCUCGCAAACGACGAAGUUAGUACUUGGUCUUGCCGCCCAUGCCGCAACACCGUGUUUCCUUUUCAAAACCUUGAUGACGCCAAACUCAAUAGGGAGCUUAAUUUUACUGCAAGUGCUAAAUCCGUCUCCAAAUUCAAUCUUAUCACAUCUGCAUCAACAGGAUAUGACAAAACUUGUUCGGUCUGUAAGAAGUCUAUCCGCUCUGCCAUAAAUUCCAUUCCCUGUGGUCAAUGCCUUCAUCUCAUUCACAAAAAAUGUGCCAAGUUAAACACUUUCUGUAUAAAUGAAGUUGAUUCUCAUUUAACAUCUUGGCAAUGUCCACACUGCAUCUCUAGUCUAUUAUCUUCACUUCCUUUCUCGCAGAUCGACAACGAUGAACUGUCUACUCUUUCUUUCAACUCCAAUUUCUCAUGUAAAUGUCAAUCCUCGGGUAUCUCCCUAGUAAACUAUAGUCACCUUGAUAGCCUUAAAACUUGUAAACUAGCUUUUAAAGAACACGAAAUGCUAUUCAAAAAUGAUGUUGAUACCAAUCUAGAUGACAGCACUAAUUUUAACUACUAUGAUAACCAUGAAUUCCAUAAACUUACUCAAAAGCUAAACCUAAAUAAAAAUAAUACCUCGGGUAUUCUACACACAAACAUCUCCUCCGUCCGGAAAAAUCUUGGAAACCUACAAACUCUGCUCUGUAACCUUGACUAUAGAUUUGAUAUUCUAGCACUUACUGAAACUUGGCACACCAAGCAAAACAAUGCCUGUAUACGUCAGCUCAGGUUAGAAGGCUACCAUGACUAUCAAGGACUAACAGGCAAUAGCCUUAAGGGUGGCUGUGGCCUUUUUCUAGCUGACCACCUAUCUUUUCUUCGACGUGACGAUCUUUCAAAAGCUUCAAAAGAUAAAAAUUGCGAAUUCGAAUCACUCUGGAUUGAGAUUAAUAACCCUAAGGGAAAAAAUACCUUGAUCGGUGUUGCAUACAAGCAUCCCUGCAAAGAUUCUUCAGGUUUUCUAAAAUACCUUGAAACUGUUCUUAACAAAAUAGGCCGAGAAAACAAAUUAGUCAUACUAAGCGGAGAUUUCAACCUUAAUCUUCUAAAAUUUGAUAAAAUACCAUGUGCUGAUUCCUUUCUUAACUUAAUGCUUGCAAACUUUCUAAAACCAUUAAUUAUCCAACCAACGAGAAUAAAUGAUACUUCUACUCCUAGUUUAAUUGAUAAUAUAUUCAUCAAUUCUCUUCAACUGAACGCAGUUAGUGGAAAUCUUAUCGAUAAGGUUUCAGAUCAUCUACCCAAUUUCGUAAUUUAUGAUGGAAAAGGUAAAAAUAACACCAAAGACAUAUCAAUGUCGCGAGAUUAUCGAAACUUUGUUAAUAAAAAUUACAUAGAUGAUAUCAAUAAAAUAGAUUUUAAUUCUAGUCUUGUAAACUCAAAUGACCUAGAUACAAAAUAUAACUUGUUUCAAUCUCAGCUGUUAACUAUUAUUAAUAAACACGCCCCACUGAGACAAAGAACCAGACGACAACGUAAACAACAGCUUAAACCCUGGAUUUCCAACGGUAUCUUAAAGUCUAUUUCAACUAAAAAUUCACUCUAUAAAAAGUUUAUUAAAACUAAAGACAAUUUCUGGUUCCAACGUUAUAAAAUUUACAAAAACAAGCUAAAUCACGUCAUAAGACUGAGCAAAAAACUGUAUCACUUGUCCUAUUUUGAAACUUAUAAAAAUAAUUCUAAAAAAAUUUGGCAAGGCAUCAACGACCUUCUUCAUAAAAAUAAAGCAAAAAAUUCACGCAGCUUCCAAUUGAAUAUUGCAGGUAGCUUGUUAUCGGAUCGUAAAAGUGUAGCAAAUGCUUUCAACAAUUUCUUUACUAAUAUCGCCCAAAAUCUUGUAAAUAAACUAAGUCCGGCAAAUAGUCACUAUAAAGAUUAUCUAACACAGCCAAAUGCUGCUAGCUUUUUUUUAUCACCAGUUGAUCCUUCUGAAGUUCAUGAUGAACUAGGAAGGCUAAAUGAGUCUAAAGCCCCAGAUGCUUAUGAUGUACCCGUAAAACUUAUCAAAUGUAUUGGCAAUUCUUUAAAAGAACCAUUGACAGAUCUAAUCAAUGAAUCCUUUAGCUCGGGAGUCUAUCCUACUAUGCUGAAAUAUGCUAAAGUAGUGCCCGUUUACAAGGGAAAGUCUCAACUUGAAGUUACAAACUACCGACCUAUCUCCCUACUUCCUAUUUUUAAUAAAAUAUUUGAAAAAUUAAUGCAUGCCAGACUAAUAAAGUUCCUUGAUAUGCAUAAAAUAAUUUUUAAUCACCAGUUUGGAUUCCAAAAAAACAAAUCAACCUCUCUUGCCAUACUCGACGUCUGUACACAGUUAGUAAAUGCUGUUGAAAACAAACAGUUUUCAACUUGUAUCUUUCUAGAUUUUGCUAAAGCUUUUGAUACUGUUGACCACAAUAUACUAAUCUACAAGCUUGAAUAUUAUGGAGUAAGAGGCAUAACCCUAAAUUGGUUUAAAUCUUACCUAACAAACCGAUCACAAAAAGUAUGCAUAAAUGGCACUCUAUCAGAAUCCUGCAAUAUAAAAUUUGGAGUCCCACAAGGCAGUGUCCUUGGGCCCUUGCUUUUUCUUCUAUAUAUUAACGAUAUGCCGUUUUCGUCAAACAUCCUAAAAUUUCACCUCUUUGCUGAUGAUACUAGUAUCUUCUUCUCGCAUAAGAAUCUAAGUCAAUUAGAAUUCAUCGUAAACGAUGAGCUCAGCAAAGUUUCAGACUGGUUAGUAGCCAAUAAACUGACCUUAAAUGUUGAUAAAUCAAACUUCCUCAUAAUCUCUCCCUCGAUAAAAAAUAAAACAAAUGAAAUAAAAUUAGCAAUUAAUAACAAAUCAAUUGCUCAAAAGGAUUGUAUAAAAUACCUUGGUGUACUCUUAGAUAAGGACAUUAGCUGGAAACAACACAUUCAACAGGUAAAUCUAAAAAUUUCUAAAGGCAUUGGAAUACUAGCUAAGGCUAGGCAUUAUGUUCCUCCACAAAUCUUAAGGAACUUAUACUUUUCUUUUAUCGAGCCUCACGUCAACUAUGCUUUAAUUAACUGGGGGAGUGCAAAUCUGUCCUCCCUAAAACCUAUGGGCCGAAAUCUAAACAAAGCUCUACGAAUAAUGAACUUUGCUAAAAACACAGCAAGCUCCAAACCAAUUUACCAUAAAUUUGAUAUAUUAAACCUCAAUGAUAGUUACACCCUGCAAUGUGCAAAGUUUAUGUAUGACGUAAACACAGGCACGCAAAUGGAUUUUCUUUGUCAGCUCUUCCAAAAAACAACAUCAAGACAUAGCUAUGAUACACGGCAAGCUGCAAAACAAAAUUUUGCUAUCCCCAAAGCAAGAACUAACCUUAAAAAGAGAUUCAUUACGUUCAAUGGAGUUAAAAUCUGGAACGAAAUCCCACUUAAUAUUCGCUCUAAACCAGUCAAAAGACUCUUCCAAAAACAUCUCCGAAAUUGGCUUCUGCAAAAAUAUUUAUAAAACCCAAAUGCACUUACUUUAAACCAACCCGAAUAUCUCAUUCUUCGAUUUCUAAACUGAAAACGAACAGAACUCUCGUGUCACCCCCCCCCUUCGUUUAUAUCCUUGUUCUCUCCUCUUGCCCCUUUGUAUUUUGUUCUUUUUUUCUUAAUAUCUGUAUCUUAAUCUUAAUAUGUUUCUAUUCUUCUUCUGUUAUAUGUUAAAUUCAAAUCAAAAUUAUUAGUAAUUAGUUUCUACUUGUAAUUAACUUUUACUUGUUCCAUUGUUACUGUUAUACUGCAUGAUUAACUAUUACCAACUAGGGCGCUAGGCUCGAAAACCGUUUCGGUUCCUCCCAGCGUCCUAGGCAACUUAUUUGUUAUUAGCUAAAAUAGAUGUCAUAUAUUCUGUAUUAACUACUAUAAUAAUUAAUUUAAGUACCCUGUAAUUAGUUGCUGAAUGCCAAUGAAUUUGAAAAAAUUUGAAAUUUGAAUUUGGAGAUUCCAGAUAACGUCCUUGUUCUUAUUCUAAAGGAUAUUAUGUCACCGUUUACCAAGUCGUCCUAUGAGACCUGGACACCAAAACGACGAGCACUCUUUGAGAAGGGAUUCAAAUAUGCAUUCAAAAAAAUGAAAGAAACAGAGGAAGAGGGGAAUCCUGGCGAGGAAGUAAAUGAUCCCAGUGAUGAAGAAAUUGAGCAGACCAGGAGGCAGCUGUUUCCAGAAGGAGUUUUUGGUGUCCUACCAUGUUCUAUGUCAACUCCAAAACAAAAAGAAGACAUGCAUGAUCACAUAAGUGUAACCACAGAAAUGUUGCCAGAUCAGCAUUUACAGGGAGACUGCAGUUCACUGGCUGGUGUGCAAAAGGCAGAAAAAAUGUCAUCAGAUGAAAAACAAAAGAAAGAAAAAGAAAGCAAACUAUAUAAAUUCUGCAUUUGUCACAAGAGGAGGUAUGGGAGAAAAUGGAUCAUGAUCGAAUGUUCAGGUGACGUAGCAAAUUGUCCAGGAAGCAAAUGGUUCCAUAUGGAAUGUGUUGGGAUGUCCGAAAAGCCACCCAAAAGCGAAGACUGGUUCUGCAUAGACUGCAUGCGGGAGAGACAACAAAGGAGGCCUGUUGCAUUCAGACGAAAAAGGCAUUAAGAGGACAUUAUAGUAUAUUGUAUUGUAUUGUAUUGUAUUGUAUCGUGUAGAUUAUUUGAUUUUGGUUGAAG